AUGUUGCCCUUCACAAUUCUUCUUGCCUUGGCUGCACCAGCAAUUGCUCAAACAACCACUUACGCCUACUCUGACGAUGGAAGAGAGUACACUGUGACUCUCACCGGCGACAAGAUCAGCGACAUUGCAACCACAGUGACCACUCUUAGCGACGACGGCAGCACUCGUGAGAGAACUUUCCUCACUUACACUGGCCAAGGUCAACGUCCAACAGGCGACGCUGGACCCAAUGGCCCCGACGAGAGCGAUAGCAGCGAUGAGGACGAUUUGGACGACGAUGCCGAGGACUUGUUCUCUUCAGAUGACGACGGUGUAAUCGUUGGGCUCGAUAAUGAGCAGGAGAACCAGCCCGGCAACACAGGCUCGGGCACGGGCUCUCAGACUGUAGCAAGACAAACAACCAUGUCAGGUACUGGAUCGGCUGCUGCUACUUCAAACAGCGCUUCUGCACCAGCCUCGGGAACAAAAUCAGGCUCCCAAUCAGCUUCUGGCUCGGGGUCGAAAACCUCUGGGGUGGCUACACAGUCCGAGACUUCGGGUAAUGAAGGUGUGGCUGCACGCUACGAUAUCGGCGCCCUUUUGCUUGGUGCCGCCAUGGCCCUUUUGUAA